AGCAGCAGUGCGGUGUUACGUAGACUCUGGAGCCAGAAGACGCAAGCGGAACACAGAAAAGUUAUUCACGACAAGUGGGUACAUUGAACCUGUUAUAACAGAAAUGGACAACCAACUUGAAGUCGAAACUGUUCCUCUUGUCCCCAUCAUCGCUGGCUGUGCGGCUGCUCUACUGGUGGUUGUUCUGGUGACAGUAGGGAUUAUAUGUUACAGGAAAAGAAGGUCCGGAGACGACCAGAACCCUGCAGGUCUUCAGCUAGAUCUAAAGAUAAUCAAAGGAGACGAGCCCUCCGCCACGGAAUCAGCUGAGAAUCCUGCAUGUAAGACGUUGGAUGAAGACAGUUCACUUAAUAAUUACGAAACGACCAUUUACCACAUCCAAGACCUUGUCACUGUGGACGACGUAGUGGAAUUCCUGAAGUCCAGUGGUUAUGGGCAGUACGCUGCAGCAUUUAGGCGACACAAGAUAGACGGAGAAGCAGUCUCGAAUCUGAGCGACGCUGUGCUUGCUGAGCUGAUUCCUGAGAUCGGACCGAGGGUCAAACUACAAAAAACACUGCAGGAGCUGAAGGACAACUCGGACUCCGCUGAACGCAGCAAACCUGUCCACGCUGACUGGGAAAUUCCCCGGUCCAGUCUGACGCUCGGUAAAGUCCUGGGGAAGGGACAGUUUGGAGAGGUCCGUAUGGGGGAGCUGAGGAAGAGAGGUGUGACCCAGACUGUGGCAGUCAAGACACUGAAAGCAUCUGCCGAAGACAGGGACAAAGAGGACCUGAUGGGGGAGCUGGAGAUUCUGGUCACUGUCGGUCGUCAUGACAACAUCAUCAGUCUUGUUGGCGCAUGCACAGUAGAAGGCCCUCUGACACUUGUGGUUGAGUACGCACCAAACGGCUGUCUGAAGGACUGGCUGAAGGACAACCGUCCUGAGGAGCUGGACCAGACAGACUGCACAAACAUCGCCACCGCCGGGGUUCAGCUGCCGAUGGACCAGCUCAUCCUGUUCGGUAUUGACAUCGCGAAUGGGAUGAGUCAUCUGGCAGCCAUGCAGUGUGUCCACCGUGACCUUGCCGCCAGGAACGUACUUCUGGGGAAGAACCUGACGGCCAAGAUCUCAGACUUUGGUCUGUCACGGGAUAUCUACGAGGACACUGAGUACGUAAAGAGCACCAAGAGCCAGCUUCCCGUCCGUUGGAUGGCAUUCGAGUCCCUUUUCCACCACACGUACACCACACAGAGUGAUGUAUGGUCCUUUGGAGUCCUUCUGUGGGAGAUUAUGACGAUGGGUAAGAAGCCGUACGGUCAGAUGGCUGGCAAAGAGCUCAUGAAACUGUUGCCGGAUGGCUACAGGCUGGAGAAACCUGCUCUAUGUCCUCAGGACAUCUACGAUGUGAUGAGGUGCUGUUGGGAAACCCUCCCUGAGAACAGACCAACGUUCCCUGACCUGAAGGUGACUCUGGACCGGAUCAUUCAAGAUUACAAGACAUAUGCCUCACUGAUGAAGUAAGAACUGUGGAUAGAAAGAUAGAGACAGAGAAGAAUCCAUUUGCCAAUUGAAACUUUCUAUCAUUUUCUACAUAAUGUAUAGCCAGAAUGACUUAUGUAUACAAUCCUAGAAAUAUCAAGCAUAAGAACAAUAUCUUACACUAGUUAUGGAACAGUAUAUUACUCCCAUGAAGAUUCAUUUUUGUCACAAACACAGUACAUAUACUGCACAAGCUGCACCAUAACCUAAGAAUAUAUCAAGGACAAUUCACUUAAAAUCUUUUAGCAAAAACAAUUAAUUUCUUACAUUCUUAUUCAAUAUAUUUGCAUCAUGUAUUUUCUCAUUAUAUCUAACCAAGAGUUGACUUUGCACAAUCGAAAACAUGACAAAAACAACUGAAGAAAAUUUCCAACUUCCUUCACCACAGUAAGACAGUCUAGUACUAAAACAAGAUGUAUACUGGAACAAAAAUUACCAACAUACCUUUCAGCAAAGUCACAUGUUACAAAAGCAUGACAUCCAAAUCAGUAAUGUUUUAACAUUAACCUCCCUGGCACUACUUGUUAUAUAAAUGAAAGACCUUUAUUGUACGUUUGUGCUCUACCAAGCUAAGUACAGGUCAUGGGUAAACAGGGAAAAGA